UAGAGUGACGCAUCGGGGGUCGGUCGGCUGUUCAGUUCUAAUCUAAAUAAAUUAAUCAUUGCCCAUUUCAUAUCCAAAAUAUUAUAUGAAUACAGUUUAUUAAUCGAUAUUAGCACAUUCAGUGCUUAAUUUAUAACGAAUUCUUGUGAUUAAGUUUCCUGUAAAUAGGCUUGUGUGGAAUUGAGGGCGUGGGAAGACCGGCUCGCGAUUUGCAAGAUGUGGAAAGCAACAACCGACAUAAAGCCUCCUGUACCAGAGGAGGCAGACGAAUGGGAGACGGAUCCAGACUUCAUUAAUGAUGUUACGGAGCAGGAGCAGCGUUGGGGGCCCGGUGGACGAAAUGUCGAGGCUAUUGAUAUGGCAAAAUUACGCGAAGAAGUAUUGGAAGCAGACAAGUUAGAUAAACAGAAGAAAUACGAACAAGGACCUAAGCCUUCCUAUGGGUACGGAGGUAAGUUCGGUGUGCAGAGCGAUCGUAUGGACAAGUCGGCUGUCGGCCACGAUUAUGUCGGGAAGGUCGAGAAACAUGUCUCACAAAAGGAUUAUUCUCAAGGUUUCGGCGGUAAGUUCGGCGUGCAGACAGACAGGAUGGACAAGUCCGCGGUGGGACACGAGUACGCGGCGCCGCUGGAGCGCCACGCGUCGCAGACGGACCACGCGCGCGGCUUCGGCGGCAAGUUCGGUCUGCAGGCCGACCGCGUCGACCGCAGUGCAGCAGGCUGGGACCACAAAGAGCAGAUAGAGAAGCACUCCUCUCAGAAGGACUAUUCCGUGGGUUUUGGCGGUAAAUUCGGUGUACAGACAGACAGGAAGGACGCCUCAGCUUUUGGCUGGGACCAUAAGGAAGACGCGCAACAACAUCAUUCUCAGACAGACUACGCGAUCGGUUUCGGCGGUAAGUACGGCGUGCAGACAGACAGACAGGACGCGUCGGCGCUGGGCUGGGAUCACCUCGAGAAGGCCAGCAAGCACGCCAGCCAGACCGACCAUAAUAAGGGCUUCGGCGGCAAAUUCGGCAUCGAGACGGACCGCGUGGACAAGUCCGCGCAUCGGUUCGACGAAGUGGAGUCUGUCGGCGCCGACUACACCAAGCACAAGCCCGACAUCGGCGGGGCCAAGCCCUCGUCUAUCAGGGCCAAGUUCGAGAACAUGGCCAAGGAGAAGGAACAGACGGAGAAAGUUGGCGGCUACAAACCAAAGUCGAGCGGCGGGGCCAAGCCGUCCUCCAUCGGGGCCAAGUUCGAGAACAUGGCUAAGGAAAGGGAACAGGAAGCACUUCAGUCGGUUCAAAAGAUUCGGCAACAAAGGGAGCAGAUGGAUAAACAACUUUCAGAAAAGGAAAAAGAACGACUAGCCCAGGAGCCAAAGGAAGUAGAAUCGCCGUCGCCGACGACAGCUAAGGCUGCUGAGCUUCCAGUUGAAGCGGUCCAGUCCAAAGACAUCGAUACUACGGAAGAUAAACAGCCUAACUUGCCUGAUGUUACGUUAGUAGGAGAACCCAAAGAGGAUAAGGAAGAGCUAACUCGCCAACCAACGAUCGUAGUGUCGCCCGUCGGCUGGGAAACUGAACUAAACAGCGAACAAGAGGAAGAAGAGGAAUCGUACACUGCGCGUGCGCUGUACGACUACCAGGCGGCCGCGCCCGACGAGAUAUCAUUCGAUCCGGACGAUCUCAUCACCAAUAUUCAGAUGAUCGACGAAGGGUGGUGGCAAGGGCUCUGCAAGGGCGCGUACGGGUUAUUCCCCGCGAACUACGUCCAGUUACAAGAUAAGUGAAUAGGGUGUACCAUUAAUUUCUUCUUAUUGCUUACGAGGGUUGUGAAAGCUCUUUCCCUCGUCUGUGCGUUUUCCCGAUUUCUUCUUCAGUCGUUGAGCGUCGGAGCCCAGAGUCCACUAUCCUACUUUUUCGACUCUACUUCGCACGGUCGUCGACAUCCCUAGUUGUCAGACCAUAGACACGCAUAUCAUCCUGGACGACAUCAAGCCAGCACUUCUUGGGUUUGCCUUCUGCCAGCGUCUAGCGGGAGCGGAAUGGCCAGACAUUUUAAAAAACAAUUUCAAUAAGAAAAUAUAAAGAAAACUGUUUUGCAAAACAGAGACAGACGAUCAUCUUUACAAACUAAAGACUUGUUUUUAAUAGUAUUUUAGAAUUUUGUAAUAGUAUUUAGAUAAUUUUUAUAUUUUGUUAAUAUUAUGUGGAAUUAUUGAUUACGUAAAGCUAGCCAUUUAGUGUAGAAUAAGAGUAUUUAGUAGAUUAGCUAGCAAGUUGCUAGAACGGCUCGGAUACCUGGUUAUUUUUGAAACCUGUUCGCGCGCAUCUCCAUACAUUUUGGUAAAGAGCGUGUUCUUUACGAUUCAACCCUGAGAUAACACUUAUUUCUCGGCUUCUGAUCGAAGAGCAUUUUCAUGUCGAUUUUGUUCGAAUCAUCAGUUGAACCUCAAAAUGAUUUUGCUCGUUUCUCCGACCCACCACGCCAAACGACCCUACACAAAAUAAUAAGAAAGACAAAACAUAGUGUGGUCUUUGUCACACGCGUUAAUAACAUCAACAAAAUGCCCUCGAAGUGGAACAAUUACGAAUAUAAUUAUUAAACAAGGUUAAAAUAAUCCGGUAUCGAGCCCUGAUCGCUAGAAUUAAAGGUUUGCCAUACGAAUGAAGUCUUUAAUAUCUUAUAGUUUAGUAUAUUUAGCGUAUUUCUCACAGAAAUAUAUUACUAAACUCAAGUGAGUGUUAGCCCAGGCUAUGAUCUAUUUAUUAACUAAUUUACAUACAAAUUUGUUGAGUAGUUUUCGUGUCAAAUGGCGAAAAUGAACACGUAAAAUAAAUUUCGUUCGGAUGGUUUUGCAUACUGCCGAUUAAAAAAUGACAGUACUUUUAAACUAAAUAAAAAUGAAAAAAAUGAAGUGUUUAUUUAAUUUAAUUUAAUUUAGGAGACAUAUUUUAAGAUAUUAUUUGCUUUAAUUUAAUAUGAUAUUUGUCUCCUUAAUGAUACUAUAUUUCAUGGUUGUGCAACAUUUAAAAGUACGUAGGGCUGGCAAUUACAAGUUAUUUUUACGAAUGUUACUAUGAAUAAUUUUUUUUUCAAGACUUUUUCACGACAAUGUAAAUAGUGUAAUUUUUUCGUCGAAUAAAUCUAUAAUAUACCUCUACACUGAUUAGAACAAUUUGACGAAAACUAAAAAAAAUAAUACCAUCUUAGUUAAUUAAUUUAGUAUUAAGUAUAUUAGAAACGUACUUAUGACAAAAACUGUAUUAAUUGUAAAGGAACCUCAUUUUAUGGAAUUAAAUUACUAAUUAAUUGCCUAAAGGUAGACCAACUUUUUUACAUACCUAAUAAAAUAAAAAAGUUUUUAAAAUGCCGACUACCUACCGACAUCUAGUGGUAAGUAGUCACAUACACAUUAAUCGUAAUAAAGUAAUAUAGUACGGAAUAUUACUGGUUGGAUAAAAAAUCAUAAAAGCCAUGCCCCAUUGCUCCAUUGCAAUGCAGCACGUUAUAGCUCCGUUGUGCUCCGUUGUCUUCUAUAGGUUUUGACACUGACGUGCGUUGACGUACGUCGAGACUUCAUACAAUUUCUGACAAUGACAAUGACCGAGGACCACGGAGCGCAAAGGAACAAUGAGGCGUGGCUCUUAAACAAAAAUUAAACAAUAAUUCAUAGAUUAUCCAAUGGCUCAUAUCAACGCACAUGAAUUUAAUACAAUAAUCAAUAAUGUUUAAAAGACGCUUCCACUUUUGUAUGAUUUUUUUUAAAUGACGCAAGUCUAUUUAAUUUAAAUUGUAAUUAUUUGAAAUGAAAUGUUUCGAUUUUUUUUUAAAAUAAUUGUAUUAUUAAUGUAACGCCCAUUUAAGUCAAAAUACUUUUUAGUAUUUUUUUUUUAUUAUCAGAAUAUUUUUUAUAAACUUAAGUUUCGUUUUAUGUAAGAAAUCAUAUCGUAUAAUUUAUAGUCACAGCAUAAAGACAUUAAUUGUAAGAAAAUGUUAUAAAUACUUAUUGAUUAGACUUAAGAAAUAACCAAAAUUAAUUUUGAGACGCAAAUAUAUUGGACAUUUGUAAAAUAUGAGGCAAAUAAAUAUGAUGGCUGUUGCUAUAUGCAUUCAUGCAAUAGAAAUCAUUUCUCAAGGCGCACGCUGACGCGCAGUCGUAACGCGUAUUCAGCCUGUCUCAGUCACACGCCUUAAGGGCGUAUGAGAUAGGUGACUCGUUAAUUUCAAUCGACGAGUCACGCAGCGGUAAUAUUUUCAGUGAUGUCGUCAAAUAUAACACGCCUUAUGAAAUAAUACCUCUUUGCUACUUGAUUAUUCGAGCGACAUGCCAAUGUUCCGUUUUAAGCUGUUGUCGCGCAAAAUGUCACUUUCGCAAAACGACAAUAAAUGUAAAAGUAUACGGUAUAUACCCCAUAUUUCCAAUUAAGUCCACGCUAAAUUUCACCUCGAUUCAAUGCUCCGUUUUGACGUGAAAGAAGGACAAACACUUUAUCACCUUUAUAAUAUUAGCAUGGAUGGAUAUAUAAUAAUUCAUUCUGAAUUAAAGCCAAAACCAACUCCGAAAAAAUAUGUGGAGACGAUUUUAUUUACGACUAGCUUUUGCCCACAACUUCGUAUGUGAGAGAAAAUCAAGAAAUAUCUUCUUAGUGGGGAGCACUAAGAAGAUAUUUCUUGAUUGAUUACACUGUCCUAGAAACCUACUCACCAAAUUUCAGCUUUCUACACCCAGUUUGGGCUGUGCGUUGUCUGUCAAUCAGUCACUCAGUAACGCAAGAGAUUUAUGUUAUGUGUUAAUAUAUUUAGACGAUUGAUGUUAUAUUCAAUAUUUUUUUUUAUUUUAAUAAACUUAUGUCUUAAACAGUUUCAAGCCAUAAGUUUAUUGAGGCAAAAUAAAUUCUAUACUUAGUUACUUUUCGCAAUGACGUUUUGAGAACGUGACGUUUUGUGUCACCAACUGUCUUACAAAUCCAUUAUUAUGAAGUGUUGACAUUUUGAAAGCAUUACGCCACUUUUCACGUUUCACUGAUAAAUUUUAAUGGAAAUCAAUUAGGCUUAAGUAACUCGAUCAUAGAUAACAAAUAACUGUCAUAAUAAUCUAUGGAUUAAGAUAAUUUCAUUCAUUCUUUCACAAUGUUUUCGAUCGAAUCGUGAAAUGAAUAUAGGUACCCCAGAAAUGGUACAUGUGCUGCUUUUCAUAAAAUUAAUGUAAAAUAAUGUAUCCUGAAUCUUUCUGUAAAUCUUUCGAUAAAUGUCCAAUUUUUUUUUUUACAUUCAAUGUAUAAAUUUGUAUGGAUUAAAAAAAUAUAUAUGAAAAGUGGCAUAAUGACAUAAUUAUAAUAUACAUUGAAUAUUGUACGGCAUGUAAUGUCGAGAUGUUUUAUAUUAAAUGAUGUUUAUAAAAUAAAAUAUUAUUUUCUAGUGA